AUGGAGGAAAACAGUUCUUCUCUGACCCCUGUGUACAAUGACAGCACCUCCAUUUGGGCACCGAUGCCCACAGCUCCCAGCAGACAGCUGGGCAACCUUCCCAACCCGCAGACACGUUUCAAGGACCUGACGGGGUUAUUUUUCAUGGUGACCCUGAAUGUUCUGGCACUUUUAGCCAACACUGCCGUUCUGGUUGUUGUAAUAAAAGCUCCUCAUCUCAGGAAAUUUGCGUUUGUGUGCCACCUGUGUGCGGUGGACCUGUUAUGUGCCAUCUUGCUCAUGCCUCUCGGGAUUGUGUCCAGCUCCCCAUACUUUGCUGGUGUGGUGUUCACAGUGCUGGAGUGCCAGGUCUACGUCUUUCUCAAUGUAAUUCUCAUUGCUGCCUCUAUCUUCACCAUCACAGCCAUCAGUGUGGAGCGUUACUACUACAUCGUCCACCCUAUGCGCUAUGAGGUGAAAAUGACGCUGAAGCUGACUGCAACUGUCAUGGUGACAGUAUGGGUGGCCUCCUCUGUGCUGGGGCUGUCCACUGUAUUUGGGUGGCCAUCAUACGGCAGCCUGAGCUCCAUCAGUGCUGCUCACUGCUCACUGCAUUGGAGCCACAGUGGCCACAGACGAGUCUUCUCCAUCUUCUUUAGUGUCACCUGUUUCUGCCUGCCUGCAGUUGUGAUCUUUGCUGUCUACUGUAAUGUGUACAAGGUGGCUCGUGUGGCCGCCCGACAGCAUGGACCUCUGCCCUCUUGGACAAACAGCCAACUGAAGCACCGCUCUGACUCAAUAAACAGCCAGACUACUAUCAUUACAACCCGCAAUGCCCCACGCAGGAUUGCGCGUGACCGGCCUUUUGGAGGAGGCAAAGCCGCACUCACCUUGGUGGUUAUUGUUGGCCAGUUUCUAAUCUGCUGGCUGCCUUACUUUGCCUUCCACCUUCAUCUGAUAGUAGAUGCCACACCCAACAUUCCUGAUGACUUGGAGGAAACAGUCACCUGGCUGGCAUAUUCCUCCUUCGCUAUGAACCCAUUUUUCUAUGGGCUUCUUAAUCGGCAGAUCAGGGAGGAGCUUUGUAAACUCAGACGCUGCUACUCAGCUCGGCCAGUGGAGCUAGCUGUCUCCAGCCAUGAGGGCUCAGGCCACGAGAACUUCCUGCAGUUCCUCCAUAGGACCAGCUGCACAGUAGAGACACGCGCAAGCUUUGCUACAUCUAGUCCCAGAAGCACUCUGGAUCAAACUGGGCAGACUUGUUUCAGGAUACCAGGACAGAUCCCAGAAGAGUUCAGUUAG